GAUGGCGUAACAUAAUAAAUUGUCAACUGCGUGAAAAUGUUUGAAAGUGAAUAAAAAUGUUUACAAUAGUGAAAAAUAGUUUAUUAUGCUUUACAAUUACAAUAAUAAGCGUAGAAAAAUGUCUAAGCGAGCUGGUCCCCCCAUUGCCGUCCAUAGCAGUGUUCAGUCCGGGCGCGCUGGAGUACACGGAGGUGCUGGUGAUGCGCGAGCAUGACAACCUGACGCUGGUCUGCGAGGUGCGAGGGGACAACAAGCCGAGACACUUCUUCUGGAAUUACUUGCCUGAUGUUGGGGCAGCUAAUGAGCCACUACAAGUAGUGCCGUCAGGGCCCACAUCCAGCAGUAAGCUCACGAAGUCAGACCUGCAGGUGUCCGACAGCGGACAGUACAUCUGCUCCACGCCGCCCUACAGCCACAAGAAAUAUGUACUGGUACAGACUAAGGGUCCAAAGCACUGCGCCCGCAACGCGUUCUGGUGCGGUGAGCGGUGCGUGCUGCCCGCGUACGUGUGUGACGGGCAGAGAGACUGCGAGCGCGGGGAGGACGAGGCUCCGGCGCUGUGCGGGCCCGACCCGCCUUGCCAUGCACCGGACAAGCUGAACUGCUCCAACGGGCGCUGCAUCCCGGCGGCGGCGUGCUGCCGGCAGCCGCUGUGUGCCCAGCCCGCCUGCUGCCACCUCUACAACCUGCCUAGAGACGACGGUUUCGACAUCGAGUACCCGGCUCUGUUCGAGGACCGGCACGCUCCCGACGAUUACGGAUUCAUACAGUCGACCAUUUAUACUGUUACUGCCUGCGCUUUAAUCUUCAUGAUAGCAGUGGUCCUCCUAGUAUCCGCCAUCUGCAAGAUGCACAUGAAGCGAGCCGCCCUACGAGCCAUGGCGCAGCCGCCGCCGCGAGCGCAGCUGUACCAAACGCACAGAUUCCCCCCGUGCUACGAGGCGUCCCGUCUGCUGGAACAAGCGAGGACCGUGACCAGCGCGCACGCCUCGCCUAGUGGCAGUCCCACGAGGAAUGCACAGCCGGCAUUCAUAUCCCUUAUGAGAUUCCCUCCGUGCUUCGAGGCGUCCCAUCUGCUGGAACAAGCUAGAACCGUGACUAGUGCCCACGCCUCGCCCAGUGGCAGACCCACUAGGAAUGCACCAGCGACGCAGCCGCCAGAGGGCCAAGACACAGAAGGCGCGGAGGCGGGGGGCGAGGGGCGCUCCGGGCUCGCGCGCCUCGGGGGCAUCUUCAGCUCCAGAUACAGACAGGUCCCAACAUCCUGCACCGAAGUCGAAAUGACGGACGUCCGAUGCGCCUCUCUCAACACCUCGCCCACUCGCCCUCGAGGCCGAUUGGACAACUACCGGAGCCCAACGUACUGUGACCUCAACACCACCGACUUCUACUUCACCAGCCCAGAGGCAGCCGACUGUGGGAGAGACCUCAAUUACAUGGCCACCCCUAUUGAGUUCUUCCGACGGCGAACCUUGUCUAGAAGCCCGCUGGACAGGUUUAUAGAACAGAUUGAAAGACCUAGGCCGCUGACGCUGCAGCUAGGUAGGUUCCAGUUGAGUAUUCCUAGGUUUGGGCGUAGAUCGUCCUGUGAUUUGAAUAGACGGCCUGACACGCCUAAUGUGGCCGAGAUUAAUAUAGAUGAUCUAGACUUUGUGAGGUUGAAUGGCAAUUCUGAGACGUACACGCUGAAUGGUAGGACUAUAAGGCUUUUGGGGGCGGAUUUCGAGAAUUAUCCCACGGUUUUAGGCGAGGAUACCGGUACUAGGCCGCCGCCGUAUAACGAGGCUAUGAGGUAUAAACUCUAUGGUCCACCCCCGGAAUACUUAUCCAGGGAUUGUCUAAACACCCCUAGGGCAGAAAGCAAUGGGAACCCAGUAGACACCGAAGCGGCUACUAACGUAGAAAUGCCCCCAAGAUACGAAGAUUUAGCGUCCGGGGUUGAUAAUAACGCUAACGUUAGUGCCGCUGCUAGUAACGGUAACGAUAUAUCGGUAAGUAACGUUGCUGAUAACGGUAAUUCGUUGUCGGCGGUCAUAGACAAUUUGCCGGCGAUAGAUUGUGACGUCAAUGCGAAUGAUGGGGCAACGGCGAGUAAUAACGGUAAUAUCGUUAUUAAUAACGGGUAACAUGGGAUCGUUAUUUAGGUAUUUUUUCGCUUAACAAUGCUGUCAAAUGAUGAGCUAUUUUAUUUCGUUCAUGAAGUAUUUUUGCAUUGAUUUAAAGCAGUAUAUUAUGAAAUGUUACCAAAACACCUAUACGAGUAUACACAGCAGUUAUUUUAUAGGUUUUAUGAAAGUAUGAUGCAUUUUAAAACUUUUAGAAUAAUAAUUAAUUAAAACACAGGUAUUUGCCGUAGUGCGUUAUGUGAUGUUAUAAAAACACCCUGUUGAUUUUAAGCACCUUGUAUAGUUAUUUUAUCUAGUGUUGCCAUGCACAAAAAUGUAAAUAUUUUAUUUUACUCAUCAGUUCCCUAAACUUUUUUUUCACUGUUUUUUCUACACAAAAACUAGAUCAUUUAUUAAAGUUAAGGGCAUUAUU